AUGUUGAGUGUACUAAGAACAGCUAGUAAGAGACCAUUAUGGCAAGCUACUAGAACGAUUUCUACAAGUCGUUUUCUAUUACAAAAACCACCAAAGGAUGGUAAGCCGCAAUCUAUUCUAACGGAUGAUAUGUUAGCUAAAGCUGGGAUGGAUAUUGAUGAACCAACAUCUAAGGAUAUACCAAAGGAUGAAGCUACUGAUAAAACUACAAAAGAUGGUAAAUCUGGUGGUAAAUCUAAACGUGUUAGACAAACUUCAACCGAAGUUAAAAGAGAAAGAUAUGCAAACUGGUUUUAUAUUUUUUCAUUAUCAGCUUUAUCCGGUUCUGCUCUUUAUUUAACAAGAGAUUGGGAAGAAAAUGAAUCACAAGAAUUGAAGGAUAAAGUAGAGAAUGGAUAUGUACCAAGUUUAAUGUAUCAAAGAUUUAAAUUAAGAUUUAAUUCAAUGUUUACAUAUUUUCAAGAACCACCAUUUCCAGAUCUUUUACCACCAUCUCCGCCUCCACCAUAUCAAAGACCUUUAACAUUAGUUUUAAAUCUUGAAGAUUUAUUAGUUCACUCUGAAUGGUCACAAAAACAUGGUUGGAGAACAGCAAAGAGACCAGGUGUUGAUUAUUUCCUUGGAUAUUUAUCACAAUAUUAUGAAAUUGUAUUAUUUUCAUCAAAUUAUAUGAUGUAUUCUGAAAGAAUAAUUGAAAAAUUAGAUCCUUUGCAUGCAUUCAUUUCUUAUAAUUUAUACAAGGAGCAUUGUGUUUAUAAAGAAGGUGAACAUAUUAAAGAUUUAUCAAAAUUGAAUAGAGAUGUUAAUAAAGUAAUUAUUAUUGAUACAGAUCCAACCAAUUAUAAAUUGCAACCUGAAAAUGCAAUUCCAAUGAAACCAUGGGAUGGUAAAGCCGAUGACAAAUUAAUUAAUUUAAUUCCAUUUUUAGAAUAUUUAGCAACACAACAACCAAAUGAUGUUAAACCAAUUUUAAAUAGUUUUAAAGAUAAAUAUGAAUUACCAGAAGAAUUUGAAAUUCGUGUUGAAAAAUUAAGAGAAAAAUUUAAUAUUGAACAAAAUCAAAAAAUUAAUGGUAAUUGGGCAUUGAAGUUAUUAGGUGUUUCAAGUGCAAAUAGUGUAACACAAGCAGCAAAUAAAUUUCCAUUAGAUUUAAUUCGUGAAGAAGGUGAAAAGAAUUAUAUUAGAUUUAUGAAAAUGAUUGAAGAAGAAAAACAAAAGAUGAAAAUUCAACAGGAACAAAUGAGUGGUCAAACAUUUACACUAAAGGAUUAUGUUGAAGGUAAUAUUCCAACACCUGAAGAACAAAUGCAAAAACAAGUUGAAAAACAAAAAGAAAUUGAUGCAAUUUUUGAACAACAAAAGAAAGAACAAGAACAAUAA